AUGGAGUCCAAAGAGAUCGAGGCCAAGGCGAAAGCCUUAACCAAGGCAGCCACACAAAAUGAGCCUGCGCCCACCAUUCUCACGAUGCUGAAGGAGAUACAACAGGGUGUCAAGGCGACGGAAGACCUACUUCGCCAGACCCGUAUCGGUAUCAUCGUGAACAAAUUCAAGCAACACAAGUCUCCCGAGGUGGCUCGGUUAGCGGGCGAGAUUGUUUCUCGAUGGCGAGUUGAAGUCAGCAAGCAAAAGCAAGGCGGCGCAUCGGCGGCGUCUCGAGGUUCUAGCUCGCCUCGACCUGCACAGAACGGCACAGGCGCUUCCACACCUGCCUCGGCGACCCCCACUGAUAAGACAUCAAAGCUCUCGGUGCCACCGGACAAGCGCACAUGGAAGGCGGACGGAGUGGACACAGCGGUGACGAAGAAUCGGGUGCGUGACGGCUGCAUUGGGCUCAUGUACGAUGGACUGUGUUUUGGAUCGACCGAUUCUCCCAAGUCUGUUCUCGCCAAGGCGUCAGCCGUCGAGAACGCCGCCUACACAUUUUUGGGGCCCGAGACUAAGGAGGAGUAUCGCAGUAAGAUGCGCAGUCUCUACCAAAACCUCAAAAACAAAUCUAACCCGACCCUCCGGACCCGUGUGCUCAAUGGCGACGUGACCCCAGAUGACUUCGUCCGACUGAGUUCUGAUGAGCUGCGCUCUGCCGAGCAACGUGAAGCGGAUGCGAAGUUGCAGAAGCUCAAUAUGGACAAGGCCAUGGUGGGCCAGCCCGAACGCAGUAUCAGUACGAGUCUGCAGUGUGGCAAGUGCGGUCAGCGCAAGGUGACUUACACCGAGGCACAGACUCGCAGUGCUGAUGAACCGAUGACUCUGUUCUGUACGUGCGUGAACUGUGGCAAAUCCUGGCGGCAGUAA